UGCGGAGACACUUUUCAAAGUGUAGUUUGCUUUGACAUUGUUGCGCAGCUGCUUUUAAAACCUGCUACUUUACAGAUAUGGCAACUUCCAGCUGUCUGCUGUCAGAGGACAAGUUCCUGUGUUCUGUCUGUCUGGAUGUGUUCACUGAGCCAGUCUCAACGCCAUGUGGACACAACUUCUGCAGUGCAUGUAUCUAUAAGUAUUGGGACAGCAGGGACAUUUGCCAGUGUCCAUUAUGCAAAACAACAUUUUCUCCAAGACCUCAACUCCAAACCAACACUGUGAUGUCUGAGUUACUCGCUGAGUUUAAGUCGUCAGCUCAAGUUAAAGCCUCAACUCCAGACCCACAACUUCCUGGAACAGCAGACGUUCUUUGUGAUAUCUGCUCUGAUUUAAAGGAAAAAGCCGUCAAAUCUUGCCUGACAUGUCUUGCGUCUUUCUGUGAAGUUCACCUUGAGCCUCAUCACAGAGUUCCUACUUUUAAGAGCCACACAUUAUUAGACCCUGUGAAGAAUCUUGAUGACAAAAUGUGCAAGACACACAACAAGAUAACAGAACUGUAUUGCAGGACUGACCAGGCCUGUAUUUGUGUCUUGUGCAUCAAAACUGAUCACAGGAGUCACAGUGUUGUCCCACUUGAGGAAGAAUAUGAAGCAGUGAUGGCAAAGAAAGAUGAGACCAUGGCAAAUAUCCAAAAGAUGAUAGAGUCACGGUGUGAGAAGAUAGCUGAGAUUGAAGAGUCACUUGAAGUCAGCCAGAGAGAAGCUGAGAAAGAGAAAGAAGCCAGUGUGCAGGUCUUCACUGACCUGAUCCGCUCCAUCCAGAGAAGCCAGGCCGAGCUGGUUGAGCUGAUUGAGGAGAGGUACAGAGCAACAAAGCAAAAGGCCGAAGGUUUCCUCACAGAACUGAGGAUGGAAGUCGCUGAGCUCCAGAGCAGAAGCAGCCAGCUGGAGCAGCUGUCACAGUCUGAGGAUCACCAUCAUUUUCUCCAGAGCUUCUCAACCCUGUGCUCUCCUUCAAACAAGGACUGGACCAACGUCAGUGUUCACAGCCAUCUGUCUUUGGAGGCAGUGAGAGGGGCUGUGAGUCUGCUGAAACAAAGACUUGAUGAAAUAAUGGAGGAGGAUCCUGAGAUCAAAAUGAACAGAAUGAGAGAACAUGCAGUGGACUUGACCUUUGACCCUGACACAGCAUAUUGCUCACUUGUUAUCAGCCAGGAUGGAAAACAAUUAAAGCAAAUAUAA